GUGAACGGAAGGAGACGGCGCGCUGCUUGUCACUGUUUACCUCCGAGUGUGUGCCUGCCCGCUGCCUUCCUCUCUCUCUCCCCUCUCGGUCUCUCCUUCCUCUUUUCCCCCUCUCCUUGGAACUGGUUCAACCAGAGUACGACCGGCUCAUCUGCAUCUGGCCCUGGAGGACCUGCAGGAGCCAAAGGAGGAGGGGAGGCGAGGCGGGCCCAGGGGCGGCGGCGGCCACAGCGCACAGCCGGACCCGCGCCGCGCCGCGCCGCCCGGGGAGCCCAUGCCCGGCCCGCGCCGCCCGGGGCUCGCUCAUGAGGCCUGCGCCCAGCCGCCGGAGGAAGGGCCGCGGCGUCUCCCUGGGGCUCCUCGCCCUCUGCCUGGCCGCAGCCCGCUGUCUGCAGAGUCAGGGCGUGUCACUGUACAUUCCCCAGUCUGCCAUCAAUGCCACAGUGGAAGACGACAUCCUGCUCUCAGUUGAAUAUUCCUGCCAUGGUGUCCCAACCAUCGAAUGGAAGUAUACGUCCACCUGGGGAGUGCAAAAGAUUGUGGAAUGGAAGCCAGGGACUCAGGCCAACAUCUCCCAAAGCCACAAGGACAGAGUCUGCACCUUUGACAAUGGCUCCAUCCAGCUCUUCAGUGUGAGCGUGAGAGAUUCUGGCUACUAUGUCAUCACAGUGACAGAGCACCUGGGGAGCAGCCAGUUUGGCACCAUCGUGUUGCAUGUGUCGGACAUUGUCUCCCCCUUCCCCUCAUCCUGCUCCCUAGAGAUCCUCUAUGAAGACCUCCACUUUGUUGCUGUCUUCCUUGCUUUUCUUGCUGCUGUGGCCGCAGUGUUAAUCAGCCUCAUGUGGGUUUGUAAUAAGUGUGCAUAUAAAUUCCAGAGGAAGAGAAGACACAAACUCAAAGAAAGCACAACUGAGGAGAUUGAGCUGCAGGAUGUUGAGUGUUAGCCAAGACUGGGCCCAAUUACAGUCCUACCUCAAGAGGAAAACAUUAUUUUCCAACAAAAGGAGUAAACAUGGCCAAUCUACCCCAGAGCCUCCUGUUGUCCCACUACAGCCACCCAUUCCUGAUGAGACUGCCAGACAUUAACAAAAGUGACUGUGUGGAGUUGAGGACUCUGGACUGGAAGGUCCUUCCUAGCACUUGCACAAAGUUCAAGGAGAAGUGUGCUUGAGCUUUGCUUGGCUGCAGCUUCAGGGCCAUGCUGACCCCUACCAAUGGUUUGGCACAGGCACCUGCUGCUAGCGCACUGUUCUGUUCUUGCCUGGGGGUUGGCCGUUGGAGGAAUCCCGGUAUCUGAAACCAGAGUAUCCAGACUGAGUGUGCAGUCAGCACUGGAACAAGUUCUCUGUGCUCCUGUUUGCUCUGCUUCUGCCUCUAACCCUCUGCCGCAGGGGCAACUGUGAGAAAACCUGAGGCUUUUAGACAGUCUGCUGCCCACAAAGCAGAGGUCGGGACCAAGAGCCUGCUGUUCUGCUGUCUUGAGUUACUGUGAGCAGGGCAAGGACCCCAUGGCCUGGAGCUUUAAGGAGAGGAUCUUAACAUGUUCCUGAGGGACCAGCACUGGUAAUAAGGAAUAGAGAGAAAAUUACCAUGCUCUUCAUUUUAUUCCAACAUCAAUUGGAUUUUCCCUCCUACAGCCCUAAUUUGCACCAAAGUUCUUCUCCAUUAUGGGCAGCAUCUGGCCUCCAAAUGGCCUCACGACAAGCUAGGUAACACUACCUGUAUGAAAGCUGCAUGAUGAACAGUACAACUGGGCAGUUAGCUUGGGCUUCAGAUCCAUCCCCUGCAUCACCAAUGCUUCAUGUCUCAAUCAGGCCCUUGCUCUCUCCCAGCUGGGCUAAGAACCAUUUGGUGCUCACGUACCUCACAGUCAGGGUAUCAAGUGAAGCCCACAGUAUGCACAGAGCUCACCGAGCAAGUUAAGAACAGCCUGAGGAGUCUUCAAGAAUCUGGAAGGCAAUAAGCACUAAAUUAUCCGAGUACUGGAAACUGAUAAAAUGUUCUGAGUAUUGGGGUUCCAGGUAGAAUUGGGGACCAGGUCCCUGCUGGCCUUGGCUCUUAUUCUCUCAGGUUGUUGAUCACAGUGUUUACUUGAAAGGUUCUCCAUCCCAAGUCCCAUCUGGCAAGCUCUUUAUUAGGCACGAGUUCAUUUUCCUUGAUCUUUCCCUCUCUAGCAUGCUUAGCCACAGACCGAAAGUAUCACCCCACUGGCAGUGGAGGCCGAGGCUCAGCAGUGGAGGCUGAGGUUAGUAGCUGUGUCCCCAGCCCUCAGCUGCAAAUUCACCCAUGUAAAUAUGAAGGAGAGCUAGCACAUUGCCUUCCUGUUCUCUCUCUAAGUCCCAGAUGUCCACAUCUUUUCCACUCCCCCAUGUGGCAGACAAGGAGUUAACUGGAGACGUUAGUGUGAGGCCUUUCUUUGAAUCAUGAAUCCAGGUUUACAAGAAGGGAUCUUUUGGAGUAUACAGACAGGAGCCCUCAGGAUCUACAAUGGCUCCAAAGGCACUACUUGGUCUGUAAGGCAAGAGAGAAGUCUGUCUACACAACUGACUUGCAGCUCUAGCACCUGCCACAUAGAAGGUUUUUGCCCUCGGGCCACCUGUACACGUGUAUAAACAUGAAUACCUGAGCCCUUUCCCCAGGUGAUGGACAGAGGAACCAAGCCCCAUGCCAGGAGGUUCCUUAUUCUGGCCUCCGGUCCCAUGAAGCAGAAGGGUGAGGAUCCCAGAUUAAAGGGGGUCAAGGAUGAUGUGCGCAGUUCUCUUUGACACAGAGCCCAACUGCAGGAAGGCAGCUUGGAUGGGUGGCUGUGGAGUCUGUGUGUCCCCCGACACCAUCUGCCUCCCAGAAUUCUACCUCCCAGCUUGUCAGGGGGUAAAGUUCCUAAUCAAAGGAGAAAUGGAAAUGAGUCCCCAGUGAGAGGCCUCCGUGAGCAAACCCAGAUGUAAAUUAAACUGUUCCCCUCCCCAAAACUCACACAGGGUUAUUCCCUCAGCUUUCCAUUUCUUUAUUUGGCACUUUUAAAGCUCCUUCUGUCCUGAACAUUCCCUUGGAAAGUGUUUGAUUCCUGAGCCUGAGGUUUUUGUCUCUUUCAGAAAAGAGAAUAUUAAAUCAUAGAGGCUGGCCCCUGUAAAUGUUAAACUAUAAGUUAUAUUUUCAGCUGUGAAAAAAUUGGUUUGAGAGAAUGAAAUAAAAACUGAAAAUCAAGCCCUGGCCCUUUGUGUGCAUACCUACGCCUGCCUGGAACCCAGGCCCUGGGCGGGGCUUCCAUUGGCCACUGGCAGGAGCCACCCGCAGCUCCGCCAGGGUCUGGCACAUUUCUUAAAUGACAAGGGAACUAAUAACAAUGGUUCUAACUGUAAACAUUCUUUAGCAAAUCAGAAAACACCACCUAGUGAGCCUAUCAUUCUCCCCUGUACUGUAGCCAGACGACUAAUUGAAGUUUCUGCUUCCAUAAUAUUAACUGUAAUUCAGGAGUCCACACAAACGAGGGUGACAGUUGUUCCACCUCACUGAACAAUGCGCGACAGAACAUACAUGCUGUGAACAGAAUGUCACCGCCGAGACUGGGAUCCAAGAAACCAAGGUGUACACUGUACCUUCUCAUUUCAUGGCGUUCGGGUGCACGAGGAGCGCUGACUCGGGAAGCGGUUCUGGGGCCCACAGGAGAUGGUACACAGCCCACCGCACUUUGCGCUCGCUGCAGUUAGCAAUCACGCCCCACAGGGGUGAGGACAAGGGCGGCGAGAGGUCGGGAAGCUUCUCGGGACGUCUUGCCCCUGCAGUAAAGCAGAGACAAGCCCUGAGGGAACACAGUUCAGAAGGGCUGGGUAACUAACACGGGGAGAGGGGAGGUGGCGGAACAGAACGCGGGGAGAUGUAACCAAGACCAAGGGACCCAGGACGACCCCGCAGGAACGCGACCCCAAGGCAGUCGUCCUUGACGCCGAAGGGUGUGUCGGGGGAAGGAAGACCCUGUCAGCAGCUCGCAGUUCUGCCCAGUUUCCAGGCAAGCAUCAGACACAUCUCUAGGUCACUGAAAAUAGAGCAGCCCCCCGUGGAUGUUGUCGGCGUCUCUCCGCACUGCGGCUUCCGCUGGCGAAUGCUGUGAGCUGGGACGUGUGCAUCUCUGCACACCCAAACCUGCGUCCGCCGUCA